AUGGUCGAUUUAAUUGAUAUUGAGGAUAUUGAAGCCGCUGAGAUGUUGGAAUUACCACGCCGACACAACAGAAGUCGUGUUCGAGUCAAUCCCAUCAUGGAAUUAUCCGAUGAAGGUUUCAGGCAAAAGUAUAGGUUUAAACGUUAUGCAAUGAAAAUAGUGGACUUAGUAAAAGAAGAUUUAACUAGAGAUGGUCGAGGAUGCCCUGUGUCUCCCGAAAUACAAGUGUGUUGCGCAUUACGAAGCUGGGCUCGACAUGAAAUCCAAGAUGACACAGCUGAUUUGCACGGAGUCUCACAACCUUUCAUAAGCAAGAUAUGUAAAAAUAUUGCAGAAACCAUUGCCCGAAAAUCACACACAUUUAUAAAAAUGCCUGCUACAUUGAGAGAACAAGAGGAACCAAUGCAAAAAUUUCGCAGAAUUGCAAAUUUUCCUACAGUUAUUGGUGCAAUUGACUGUACUCACAUCAAAAUAAAAAAGCCAAGUGAAGAUGGUGGUCAACUAUAUAUUAACCGAAAAGGAUUUGCAUCAAUUAAUGUUCAGGUAGUUUGCGAUGCAGAUUUAAAAAUCAUGGACAUUGUUACUAGGUGGCGUGGGAGUGUUCAUGACUCACGAAUAUUUAGAGAGAGUCGUUUGAAGCAGCGAUUUGAGGCUGGUGCAUUCUCAGGCAUAUUGCUAGGAGACAGUGGCUAUGCUUGCACACCAUAUUUGUUUACUCCAUUACUGCGUACUACAACACCUCAAGAGCAGCGGUACAAUAAUGCACACAUUAGCACCAGAAACACAGUGGAAAGAUGUUUUGGGUUGUGGAAGCAGAGGUUCCGCUGUUUAUUAAGAGGCCUUUACUGCAACAUUGAAACUGCUAAAACAACAAUUGUAGCUUGUGCUGUAUUGCACAAUAUUGCCAUAGAUAUGAAGGAAGAUGUGUUUCAUAGUGGGUUUGAUGCCAAUAAAGCUAACACACAAACAUCUGCAGCAGUAGCUUUACCAGUGGAAAACAAUCCGAUUCCGGCUACGGCGGCCAAUCUCAUUGAGACUAGCCAACUACGCAGGAGAUAUUAUAGUGCUCAAGUGUGCGCGCAGACACAAUGUGCACUCUCUAUUCCUAUCACUCUCAUACUCCGGUGGGACGACCACUCGACACAACCGGAGAGAGUUAAGGCGCAGGACCGACGGCUUUACGUGCUCUCCGAGGCACGGGGG